AUGGGGCUCUUCCGUUCCACCGAAGCUAGGGCUUCGAAAUGCAAGGGCAAAAAAGUGUACAACCGUAAAGGUAGAUGGCAAGAUGCGGGUAUUAGUGCGGUCGAUGCGCUAAGACAAGAGCCAGUUUUAUGUAUAUACGGGGCGCGGUUCCCCUUAAAAAAAGGCAUAUGGAUCAGCCGGGUAUUAUUCGACCUCUUCGGUGAUAAGGAUCAAGACAGGCUUUCGUCUCCCUCUGGGGUUGAACCGGACAAAGUCGAUCGUGAUCGUGUCUCUAUCGUAAAUAUUUUGCCACAGGAAGGGCGAAAAAAGCAAGGUGAUGGAGUUCGAAUGGCAUCACGGCGGCUGUCGAUGGGAUGCUCUGAUAGCUCAAGAGCAGGUUGCAGGGCAGAGAAGGCGAAACACGCUCCGCCCUUGCAUGUUCCAUUUUCUCCAGCCCACGAACGCUGGACACGAUGA